AUGGAAGAAACUAAUCAAAAAAUGAAACAUCGUGAUAUUAUUGUCAAGAAUUGGUUAGACAAGUACAAGAAAGGUAUGGAAAAUUUUGAUCAUUCUUGCGAUUCAUUAAUCAAAAUCAUUGAAAAACUCGAAUUGAAUGACGACAACAACAUCUUACCGAACAUAUCUGAUACUCACAGAGAACAUAUUGAACAAUUAUAUUGUAUGCAUAAUUUAGACAAACUAUCAUCCGAACAGAGUGUUAAAGCUAUCGAUGAUAUUCUUGAAGAUAUUGCUUUUCGGAAGAAAUGUCUUUUAUCACGCUUGGGAACAGCUACAUCGUUACUUGAAAGUAAAACUGAACAAAUUAAAUUAUUUAAUAAUACUAUUAAUAAGUCAAUAAGAAUGUUAGAAAUAAUAUCUAUUGUCGAAAAAGAACUAAAUUAUUUACGUGAAAAUCUACAAGCUAUUGAACAAUAUACUGAUGAAUAUGAUAAACUUUUACGAGAUGAUCAAUUUCAAGAUAUGCCAUAUUCAAAAUACAUAUUAUUACUUGAAAUGUUGCGUUUGAAAAACGAAUUGCUUCAAUUGGCUAUUGCAGAUUUUCGAGUUGCACGUAUUUGUAAACUCGCCAUUUGUGCUUCAAGAACCAUUAUCAAUACAUGUUUUCGUCGUGGAUAUGUUGUCUCACAAACACGAUAUAGAUGGCUUGCUGCUGGAGCUAGUAUCAUUCCAUUUCUUGAUGAACUACCAGCAUUUUUUGGACGUGAAAAAAUACGUCAAACCUUUGGCAUUCAUGAUAACUCGACGAUAACAAAUGCAUUUUAUAGAAUAAAAGAUUCUUUCGAGGAAUAUUUAAUAGAGAAAAAGUUAACGGUACCAAAAAAAUAUUUGAAAUCUGGCUAUUUUAAAUAUUUAAUAUCUAAGAAGACCAAGCAAAUAGCGAUAACAUCUAGCUCAGAUUCAAUUCAAUAUGUUAAACAAGAGCCGACAUAUCAAAUCCAAAACAAAACUUCACUUAUUGCUGGUCAUGCUGGUACAAUUAUUGGACGCACUGGUGUCAUUCUCGGUACAUUAGGCAAAGUGGCUGAUGACGCUGCACGACUCAUCAUUCCAAGUUCAUCAAUUGCUCUACGUGCCGUUUCGAUUACCGGUAUUGUUGUUGGUGCAGUACUUACUCCAGUUUUUGCUGGUUGGACAUUUUAUUAUACUGGAAAAAGAAUGAACAAACAUCUUCAUUUACUCUGUGAUGAUCUUGUGAUUAUUCUAGCAUAUUUUAUAAUUGCUAUAUGUAAUAGUUGUCAUGAAGAUAGACAGUUACGUGUACUUACGUUUUCGAACGAAGAUUCUUCGUUCUCCAAUACAGACUCUUCGUCUUCUGGUGAAGAUUCACUAUAUUCUGACGACGAAUAG